CUCUCGAUGCUGUGGUAUGCUUGUUCUGUAGCAGUACGCUUUGUAGGAAAAGAAGAUACCCAUGCUACUUCCGGAAUCCAUUUGGUGCAGAGGUCUGAGGCUGGUUCUGUGAUUUCUGACUUUGUGCUCACGGUAGGCUACUUUGCACAGCUUGACAGCUUGCGGGUUCUUGUUAACUCUUCAAACAACGCUAAGAGCUCAUUGAAGGAAAUCUUUUGGUAUCCUGGAAAACUUGUUGCUCAGUAUGGCAUCGCACUGAAUAUGGAGGUGUUGGACGAGUUGCGCUUUUUCAAGUCCUCCAGCUUUCACUUGAUUCCCAACGAUAUUCUCAACAGACAGACCUUGGGCAACUUGUCUUUGUUGCACAUCGAGCUUGGAUCAGCUGCUCGGAACGAAUACUUUGCCAAUAGUACGUAUGAGCCAAUCAGCUUCGACUGGAAGGUUCUGACAACUGUCGGGCUGAGCAUUGUUAUAGUGCUGUCCCCGUUCAACUUCACUAAUUCGCUACUAUUUUCGAAUUUUCUCUCCAGUGGAACAGUCAUAUAUUCAUUUCCUGGCGGUGUAGGCUACUUGACGGAUAUAAAGUACUUGGAGAACAUGUGCGGAGCUGUGGUGAACCGAGCUGACAAGCCUUCAGUAUCACUCGGUUUGGUAUUAGGUAGCUUGAGAAAGCAGAAUGGCGAUGGUGAUCUCAUGAUGAUCUUGUCGUGGAAGAUAAUACGAGACUUGAUGGUGAAACACCAGCCUGCUGGGCGUGAAGCUCCACAGCUUCACAAUAAUAAAUUGGCUAGCAAAAUCCCCUCUGUGGUCCGAGAGCCUAGGGAAGUCGAUGACAAUUCGUGGGGUACUUGUAUCUACUAUAACGAGACAACACUAGUAACUAACUUCCACGUUCUCAAGCCGUUUGUAGAAUCGGACUCGGCAGAUGCCAGGUGCGAUAUCUUUCUCUCGAAUGCGGUGAUUCUCACACUAACACAAGACGAUUUGAUAUUCACGCCGUUCAAGGCAAUCGAUCUCUCGUUCAUCAAGCUAUCUCCGAAGAACUUGUCCCUCUUGACCAAUAGUAACAAAGAUUACGAGCCAGUUAAGCCAACUUACGAUUAUAAAGUCGGUCAAAAAGUCACUUCCAAGAGCUUUGGCUUAUUCCUCAAUACCACCAACGUCAAAGCUUUGGAAUCAAAAGGAAUAGUAAAUAGCAUAUUUCAAUUGGCUCUUCAUGAUGACGGGAAAGCCACCAUUAAUUCCGUCAUCAUCACAUCCUCGUCUUGCUGGAAUGGCUCCUCGGGUGGUGCUAUUCAUUUGAACAGCGAUAACAGCUUUAUUGGUAUCAUCUGCUCGAACGCACAGGUCAAGCUCCCGCUUUUAGAUGUGGAGCUGGAAGAAGACAAGAUCGAAAAGCUUCUGCGAUUCUCUUUUGUCUUACCGGUACAACUUAUAGACUACAGUUACAAUUACGUAAUGAACAAAAGUGCUGGUCCAGUUCAUCUAAGUGGACAGAUUCGCGAUUCAUGGCAACUCAAGACUUUUCAUGAAGACAUAGUUCUUGAACCAACGAAGUUAUGA